CGAUCACACGCACGUGACGUGGAUUGUUUACCGUGUCCGGAAGUGCGGCGGCUGUUUAGUUAGGUGUUUUAUCCUUUCAUCACGGACUCCAGCUGUUAUUGCGCUUAGCUCAACCUGAAACUGUUCAAAGUCUUUCGCCCAUUAAGCGACCACAUGUGUUUGCCUGACGUCCAGCGUACACAGAGGACGUGCUGCUGCCGGAAACUGUAACUGCCAUAACAGCAGGCUAACAGGCUAACAGGGCUGCCGGCUGCCUGCAGCUUUAUUCUGUGUGAACUUUAUUGAAACACAUUUAGUUUAGACGGAAUCAUGAAUGUGAGUGAGCAGAAGCCUGGGCACAUUGUGUAAGUGGGCUGUGGUUUGGGAACAGGUAUGUGAAUGAAGCUGGGGACGUAAACAGAGCAGCUGGACCUUUGAACCGGUGGAGGAGAUGGAGGAGAAAUACAGCAGCAACGUCCUCUCGGGGGGGAAACUGGGCAUGGUGGAGGUGCCCAACUCUAGAUUAACUAGGUACAUAGUUUUACUGGUUGUCACGAAGGUCCUCAAGGCUCUCGGGAUCUUUGAAUCUUACGACAUCCUAAAAGUUGUUCACAUCGUCCAGUUUAUCUUCAUAUUAAAGUUAGGGAGUGCUGUUAUUCUGCUUUUCUUUCAAAAGCCUUUCUCCUCUGGAAAAGUCAUCUCAAAAAGACAGUGGAUAAAGUUACUAAAGCAUGCUGUUUUCAGCUGUGUCAUCUCCCUCCUGGGCUUCUUCGGUCUAACACUCUGUGGGCCUCUGAGGACGUUGUUGCUUUUUGAGCACAGUGACGUGGUGGUCAUUGCUCUCCUCGGUGUCCUGUUCACAAGCUCCGGAGGCGGGCCGUCCAAGACCAGAGGUGCCGCUUUAUUCAUCAUCGCUGUGAUCUGCCUCCUCCUCUUUGACAACGACGAUCUCAUGGCAAAGAUGGCAGAGCACCCUGAGGGACAUCAUGACAGCGCGCUCACUCAUUUCCUCUACACUGCCAUUGCAUUUUUAGGGGUUGCAGAUCACAAAGGUGGUGUUGUGCUGCUGGUGGCCUCCUUGUGCCUGAAGGUGGGCUUCCACACUGCCUCCAGGAAACUGUCAGUGGAAAUUGGUGGUGCAAAACGCCUCUAUGCCCUUGACAACCUGGUUUCUGCCAUGGUGCUGCUGCCCUGGGUCAUUGUGCUCUCAGCAACCACAGAAAGUAAAGUAGAAUCGUGGUCGUCCCUCAUCCUGCCGUUCGGGAUGAUCAUCUUCUCCGUAAUGAUCCUGGAGUUUUACGUCGAGGCCGUCUGCAACGCAAAGAUGGAGACGCCGAGAUGCGCCCGCUACGGCACCAUCGCCCUCUUCCUCAGCGCCCUGCUGCUGGCCAACUUCUGGACUCACCCGCUGACCGACCAGCUGCGCUCCAUGAGCAAGCCGCCCCAGCAGGUCAGCACGGAGCAUGUGCUCUCUGGAGGAGUACUAGUCAGCGCCGUAUUCUUCAUCAUGUCCUCCAGUAUUCUCUCGUCUCCGUCAAAGAAAGGUCAGAAGGGCACCUUGGUGGGUUACUCGCCCGAAGGGACCCCUCUGUACAACUUCAUGGGUGACGCCCUGCAGCACACGUCGCAGUCCCUCCCGCGGUUCAUCAAAGAGUCUCUGAAACAGAUCCUGGAGGAGUACGACUCCAGACAGAUCUUCUACUUCCUGUGUCUCAACCUGGCCUUCACCUUUGUGGAGCUGUUUUAUGGUGUUUGGACCAACAGCUUGGGACUGAUCUCCGACGGCUUCCACAUGCUAUUCGACUGCUCAGCUUUAGUCCUCGGCUUGUUUGCUGCCCUGAUGACCCGCUGGAAAGCUACCAGGAUCUUCUCCUACGGUUAUGGUCGUGUUGAAAUACUUUCUGGAUUCAUCAACGGCCUGUUCCUGAUGGUCAUUGCUUUCUUUGUCUUUAUGGAGUCAGUCACCCGUGUGUUGGAUCCUCCUAAUAUAAACACAGACAUGCUGACUCCGGUGUCCGUCGGAGGUUUACUGGUCAACCUGGUGGGUAUCUGCGCGUUCAGUCACGCUCACUCCCACGGCAGCAAAAGCUGCUCUUCACAUGACCACGGCCACUCCCACAGCGAGCACAGCCACGGAGGGCACGGCCACUCUCACGGAGGACACGGCCACUCUCACGGAGGGCACGGCCACUCUCACGGAGGACACGGGCACGGCGGACACGGGCACUCUCAUGGCUCGGGGGGCGGAGGCAUGAACGCUAAUAUGAGAGGUGUUUUCCUCCACGUCCUCGCUGACACGUUGGGCAGCGUCGGCGUGAUCAUCUCCACCAUCCUCAUCCGUCAGUUCGGCUGGUUGAUCGCUGACCCUAUUUGCUCGCUUUUCAUCGCCACGCUUAUUUUUCUCAGCGUCAUCCCUCUGCUGAAGGACGCCUGCGAGGUUCUUCUUCUACGAGCUCCCCCAGAAAACGAGAAGGACCUAAACAGCGCACUGGAAAAGAUCGAGAAGAUUGAAGGAGUUCUGUCGUACAGAGACCCUCAUUUCUGGAGGCAUUCGGCCAACAUGAUCGCAGGGACCAUCCACCUCCAGAUCAUGUCCGAUGUGGUGGAGCAGAGGAUCGUACAGCAGGUGACAGCCAUUUUGAAAGACGCUGGUGUGAACAACCUGUCGGUCCAGGUGGAGAAGGAGGCGUACUUCCAGCACAUGUCUGGACUCAGCACCGGGUUUCAGGAAGUUCUGGCAAUGACCCAGCAGAUGGAGACUAUGAAAUACCUGAAAGACGGGACGUGUAUCAUGUAACAACCAUCUGUGGGACCAAAUGAAACUUUACAGACUCAAUCUCUUUUUCAUUGAAAUGUACAGUAUAUGUAUGUAUGUGGUUCUAAUAAAUCUGAAUAUAUUGGUUUUA